AUUGUUUGGUUUCUCUCCAAAUACAAUACCUUUCUUUCUUUCUCUCUCUCGAUAGAAGUUAAAAGGUCGCUCCUCUCUUACUAAAUAUAGUUACUCUCUCUAGGCUUGAGUAGAUUACUCAUUGCUGCGCUCUAAGCAAUGGUGGAAAUUGGGUUCUUUCCGAAGAUGAGAUUUUGAGAUGAAAAUCUGAUCGUAUUCAAUGAUGGGUGUGGGAAAUAAGGACUAGGGCAUGAGUAUAUUAAAGGGAUUUUGUUUUGAGACUUCCAUCACAACUCCGCCAUUGUUGAUCGCAAAAAGCCAUAUACUAAAAUACUACUAAAUCACAAGACUGCAUCCUAUCGACAUGCUUACAGAAGUGGACGUCCGAAGGUUAUGCUAGUACUUUAUGAGAAGAGGAGAGCUGAAUGAUGGACAGGAUCAGAUUAGAUUUAAGAUUUCAUCCUUCUGGAUCAACUCAUUCAGAGGAAUCUGCUCUGGAUUUGGAUCGCAAUUACAGUGGUCAUCCUAAUUUGCCCUCAUCCAGUCCUUCUCCUCUCCAGCCUUUUGCUUCAGCUGGUCAGCACUCUGAGAGUAAUGCCGCCUACUUCUCAUGGCCAACUUCAAGUCGAUUAAUUGAUGCAGCGGAAGAUAGGGCCAAUUAUUUUGGAAACUUGCAGAAAGGUGUUCUGCCUGAGACUUUUGGUUUGCCAAAAGGGCAGCAAGCUACAACCUUGCUAGAGUUGAUGACUAUUAGAGCAUUCCAUAGCAAGAUUUUGCGUCGGUUUAGUCUUGGUACAGCAAUUGGGUUUCGAAUCCGAAGGGGUGUGCUAACCGAUAUUCCUGCUAUUCUUGUCUUUGUUGCUCGUAAAGUUCACAGGCAAUGGCUCAACCAUUUACACUGCCUGCCUGCUGCUCUUGAGGGGCCAGGAGGUGUAUGGUGUGAUGUUGAUGUUGUGGAGUUUUCCUAUUAUGGUGCACCUGCUGCAACUCCCAAGGAACAACUAUAUACAGAGCUUGUAGAUGGAUUGAGGGGAAGUGAUCCAUGCAUUGGUUCUGGUUCCCAGGUUGCAAGCCAAGAGACUUAUGGAACCUUGGGUGCUAUUGUUAGAAGCCGAACUGGAAAUCGACAGGUUGGUUUCCUCACUAAUCGACAUGUGGCUGUUGAUUUAGAUUAUCCAAACCAGAAAAUGUUUCAUCCUUUACCACCAAGCCUUGGACCUGGGGUAUAUUUGGGAGCUGUGGAGAGGGCAACAUCUUUUAUCACAGAUGAUCUUUGGUAUGGAAUCUUUGCUGGAACAAACGCAGAAACAUUUGUGCGAGCUGAUGGUGCUUUCAUUCCUUUUGCGGAAGAUUUCAACAUGAAUAACGUAAAUAUAACUGUGAAAGGAGUAGGUGAGAUUGGUGAUGUCAAUGUCAUAGAUUUGCAGUCUCCGAUUAACAGUCUGAUUGGAAGGCAAGUGGUCAAAGUUGGGAGAAGUUCAGGUUUAACUACUGGGACCAUAAUGGCUUAUGCCCUAGAGUACAAUGAUGAAAAGGGGAUCUGUUUCUUCACUGAUUUUCUUGUUGUUGGUGAGAACCAGCAGACCUUUGAUCUUGAAGGUGAUAGCGGAAGUCUCAUCCUCUUAACUAGUCCAAAUGGGGAGAAGCCACGGCCAGUUGGGAUCAUUUGGGGAGGGACAGCAAACAGGGGUCGCUUGAAAUUAAAAGUUGGCCAAACCCCAGAGAAUUGGACUAGUGGGGUUGAUCUAGGGCGCCUUCUUGAUCUCCUGGAACUUGAUCUAAUCACAACCAACGAAGGGUUACAAGCUGCGGUGCAAGAGCAAAUAAAUGCUUCAGCUGCAGGGAUGGAUUCUACAGUUGGGGAGUCAUCCCCGACAGACCGAGUGCCAUUUAAGGAUAAACAUGAAGGGAAUUCUGAGCCUCUUGGUUUAAAUAUUCGACAAAUUCUAAUUGAAGGGGAAUCCUGUCUAGUACCAGCUAGAACCGUAAGGGAAAGUGAGUUUCACAUUGGAAAUGGAAUCGAAACAGCUCUUAACAUUGAACACCAAUUCAUUCCAAGUUUUACCAGCAGAUCUACAGUGCAUAAUAAUAGCCAAGAGGAAAACCCAGAAUCAAAAAACCUCUCAGGAUUGAGGAAUGGUUCUGAUGAGAUCUUCUUUUCAUUGCGGCUUGGUGAACCUGAACCAAAGAGAAGAAAGAACAUGAGUUGUGCUGAAGAACCAAAAAUGAAGUAGCAACUGAGUAGAUUCAAUAAGCUUCUGUUGGAGGAACUGCGUCAUGAAGAGAUAGUUGCUUCCUUUUCCCAAUCCUGGUGUCGGGACUAGGAAUGGCAAUUCUGAAUUGCAAAUUUUCUCUAAGUGUGAAAUACAGUGACGGCAUCAACAGGUUUGUGCCCUCCGGAUCAAUGACUAUUAUUUUUUGAACAAUGGUAUUAAAUUAUAGGUUACAAUAUGUGGGUCAUACAAAUAUUUUAGAGAGAUUGGGGGUUACCAUGUUGUUAAAUUUUCAUUUCUCUACCCCUUUGCUAAAAGUGUUGUACCAUAACCACUCUUUUAAUGGGGGGAGCAGUGCAUCAGUGCAUGAAUAGAGUAACAUGGGAAGUUGAAAAGAAUGUAAAAUGUUACUUUUGGGAGCCAACUUAGCUUGUUCAAAACUCAAUAUAGGAAGGUCAUGUUUGUGAUAGAGGGGGGAGCAAGCUGGACUAUAUUAUUGUAUCUUCCAGUUUGUUUAAUGAAUUUACAUUGUCAAUAUGUUUGUAUAUGUUACUUUGCAUUUCAAAAUUUGUCACUCAUGACUUAUCUAAUGAUUUUCAGUUUCGAUUGUGAAA